AUGGCCCUUUCAUGCAGCACGCAAAUCCUCAAAUACGCUACGUUUGCUUUCAACGUUGUUGUCUUCCUCUUCGGUUUGGCUAUCGUCAUUAUUGGAUCGGUUGCAACAGCCUUCCUUAACAGCAAUUAUGGAUCAUUUUUGCAAGUUUCCCAUGCAAUACCAGUAAUUGCGUUAAUCGUUGGAAUAAUCAUUGGCCUAUGUGGUUUCCUUGGCUGUUGUGGAGCGCUUCAACAGAGUCGUCUUAUGCUCAAUAUAUACGCAUUGUCAUUGAUCAUUCUAGUUGUUGUUGAAAUCAUACUUUGCAUUGUUCUUCUGACCAAAAAGGGGGAGAUUUAUGAUUUGAUAACAAAAGGCAUAAACGCGACGUUUUACCAACAAUUCAAUGAUUCGAAUGUACAGUUAAUAUUCAAAGAGAUGCAGGACGAAUUGGAGUGCUGCGGUGUCAAUGGCUACAAAGACUACUUGGUUGCGCAUCACCCCUCGAAUUCUGGGUGUAAGGUGGAUGACUUAAACGAGCUGAAGACUGGCUGUGCACAAGCGUUCUAUAACUACCUUCAAAUAUUCACUUUUGCGCUCCCCGUGGCCGUGAUUGUAAUUGGCCUGCUCCAAUUUCUGGCAGCUGCAGGCGGUUGCUGUCUUGCAAAUGCAAUCAAAAAAGAUCAGUCUGACGUUAAAGCGUGGUGA